AUCGUUUGCUGUGAAUGUGAAACACAUUUCAAGAUUUGCUUUCAAUUUAAUAUCAUAUUUAAGUUAAUUAUUAACACAUUUGUGAUCACAUUAUACAUAAAAUGAGUGAAACUAUUGACAAACAAUUGAGUGAUGGUCUCAAACUAAAGGAGAUUUAUAUCCACGAGAAGACCGGCGAUGACGGGUCCGGUGAUGGCAGUGAAGCCAAACCGCUGAAGACAUUGCUGGAAGCGAUGAGACGGGCGGGCGAUGAGCCGUUCCCCACGUUUUACAGCGAUUCCAAAGAAGAAGAUAAUAAAUGGGUUGUCGUGUCUGCCUCUCAGAUCAAGAAAAUCAAAAAGAUUUGGAUCCGAGAGAAGCAUAAGACUGAUGGCAAACAACACAAAGAGGCCGAAGACGAUGAGCGACGGCUCAAGAACUUAGAGGAAUCGAAGAAUAUUGUCAUCAAAGAGGACCCAUCGCUGCCCAAAGCAGUUGAGGUGAAGAUCAGAGACACUGUUCCGCAUCGCAACCAAAGAGUGACA